CUAUAACGUGGGUGAAGGUCUCAAGUCUCUCACCCCCGUGAGUUUGAUAAAUACCAACGGCGAUCGCGCGGGCUCGUAGUUACUGGUUUCACACCCCCUUAUCUCUCUCUCUCUCUCUCUGCACUUUCUAAGAGUGAUCUCCCUAACCAAACCUUUCUUUGAGAUGCAUGUAAAAUGAGAAGGAGAAGAUGUGAAAGCCCAAGCCAACAGACCAAAAAUCCCACAGUACUGAACACCUCUCAGUUAACCGGAUAUGGGGAAGAAAGGAGGCAGCUGGAUCUCGUCGGUGAAGAGAGUCUUCAAACUUUCUCCGAAGGAAUUGCCGGAGAAAAAGGAAAAUUCGAAGAAAUGGCAGCAUGAUGCUCCAGAAGUGGUGUCAUUUGAGCAUUUCCCCACUGAAAGUUCAGCGGACAUCACAAAUGAUGAGAGCACAGCAUCGACUCCCGCAGCCGAAGAUAGAAACCAUGCCAUUGCCGUCGCGGUGGCAACUGCUGCAGCGGCAGAAGCAGCUGUUGCAGCAGCUCAAGCAGCGGCUAAAGUCGUUCGACUGGCCGGCUAUGGGCGCCACUCUAAGGAAGAAAGGGCUGCAACCCUUAUACAAUCAUACUACAGAGGCUACCUAGCUCGAAGGGCUUUGAGAGCUUUGAAGGGAUUAGUUAGGCUGCAAGCACUGGUGAGGGGACACAAUGUGCGCAAGCAAGCACAAAUGACAAUGCGUUGCAUGCAAGCACUGGUGCGAGUCCAGGCAAGAGUGCGUGCGCGCAGACUCCAACUUGCCCAUGAGAAGCUUCAGAAGAAAGUAGAAGAUCAAGAACAAAGAGCAAUGGAGGAACAACAGAAGACUAAAAGCCCAAUGAGAAGUUACGAUAUGGAAGCAGCUUGGGAUGAUAGGCGUCAAAUUUCAGAUAAAUUCAAGGAAAAUGCUUCUUCAAAGAGACAUGAUGCUGUCAUGAAAAGGGAGAGAGCUCUUGCUUAUGCUUUUACCUACCAGCAACAGCAGCAGCAGCAGCAGCUCUUUCAGUCGGAUCCCAACAACGAUGAUUUUGGGCUGUACCCUAAUGAGCACGAAAAGGCCCAGUGGGGAUGGAACUGGCUCGAGCGUUGGAUGUCGUCGCAACCAUACCGUGCCCGUCACUCAGGGCACCAUGGGGCCUCUUUCAUGCCUCUUGCUACCACCACCACUACCACCGGUACCGACGAUAUGUCGGAAAAAACAGUAGAAAUGGACAGUUUUACGCAUUCUAAGCGGGACUUGAAUGAGCCAGGCCCAUACCUAAGUAAGCAACAAGAAGUGAGCUCAAACAAUGUCCCUAGCUACAUGGCCCCAACCAAGUCUGCCAAGGCCAAGGUGCGCAGUCAAGGAACCGUCAAACCGACCGGCCCACAUCUGCCCAGCUGGAACCAAUCGACAAGGCGGGGCUUGGUUGCCGAAUCAGGCUGCGACUCAUCAAGCUCAGGUGGAGGAGGCAUAACAACCUAUCAGGUUCUAAGAAGCCCAAGCCCAAAAAAUAAUGGGACACGCCUACAUACUAGACGGUCCACAGGCUGUAGCCCUAAUUCUAAUGGAGGGGACGAUUGGCCUCUCGGUGGUCAUGUUUGGAGACAAGAUUUUGGUUGAUUGGUGUUUGAAUGUUUAUUCCCUGUAAAGUGGGAUAAGAACUUUGCGUUGUGAAUACUUUGUCUUUAAUUUUUUUUCCUAUUUAUCUGAUUGAUGUUAUAGACAAUAUUCCUUGAGAUUUGUGGUAAUAUAUAUUUUUCAAUUCAA